UAGAGUAGUUGAGAGUCAUGAAAGAAGAUGCAAAGACUGAAAAGAAUGCAUAAAACUUAGCAAGGCAGUUAGGGCAUCUUAGCUCAUGCAAUCUGUUACUCCCAUCAUUUCCAACUCAUAUAUAGUUUUUCUUUCAUCCCUCUCCCCUUAGUCCAUCUCAUAAGAAUGAGCGGUAAAAAAAUAAGUUAAAUUACAAGUUUAGUCUCUAAAUUUUUUUAACACCAACUACCUUGCAAGACUAAAUACUUCUGGAGUGAGUACCCACAAAGGAAGGGUGAAACGAACCCCAUCGGGGAGUGAAAUAGAACAUGAAACCGUAAGCUUUCAAGUAGUGGGAGGAGAUCAGGACUCUGACCACAUGCCUAUCGAAGCUUCCAAGUAAUAGGCAGUGGCUUGGUUAAGGGAACCCACUGAAGCCAUAGCGAAAGCAAGUCUUCAUAGGCAAUUGUCAUUGCUUAUGGACCCUAACAUGGGUGAUCUAUCCAUGACUAGGAUGAAGUUUAGGUGAAACUAAGUGGAAGUCGGAAUCAAACACAAAAUUGAAAGUUCAAGAAUUUAGCAAAAAAGAAUAAAAAAGAAAAAGAAAUCCUAAAAUCUCUCUCUCAUGCAUGGCCUGCAGUUCACCUACCGAAAUUUGAACCAACAACCAAUUGUAUAAAAAGAAACAAUUGUAGAAUAAAAAAGUACUACUUCAGCUGAUAGUUUGUCUUCUCUCUCUGUUACCAAAAGGAUGCCAAUAAAAGGUGGAAAUUUGGUUGGCCCUUGAUCUGAUGAUGGCUUAUCAAUGUACAAACUGAGGUGAGGCUUUGUCUGAUAAGCUUUGGGUAUAUGAAGCCAUUGCCCUGGUCUAGUGGUUAGCUAUUGGUGUCAAUUGAACUGUUUAUGAAAUCUUUAUCUUUGUUUACUCUGUCUUUCAUCAUCCUUCACUUUCCUGUACAUAAUUCCUUUUUUUUAGUAUGAUUCUCUGACCAAAUCUAUCUAUCAUUGAGAGAAAUUUUGGCACGUUCCAAUGCUAUUUCUAACUAUCUUCUGUCUUCUAUCAAUGAAUGCAGGUGAUAUUAAUCAUAGUAUUGUCAUCAUGCAAACCCUGAUGGAGAGGCUAAGACCCCUUGUAGGUAGUAAAAGCUGGGACUAUUGUGUUCUCUGGAAAUUGAGCCAAGACCAGAGAUGUAUUGAAUGGGUGGACUGCUGUUGUGCUGGGACUGAGAACAAUCAAAAUGGUGGAGAAGAACACGUCUUUCCAUGUAGGGACACCUUAAGUCCACACCCACGAGCCAGUUCUUGCGAUCUUCUUGCUCAGCUGCCAUGUUCAGUGCCGCUGAAUUCUGGGUAUUUCAUUUAUAUUUAUCAUUCCACAUACCCUACUUCCCUUCCUCAUCUAUCUCUCAACUUUUCCCUGUUGAACAGGGUUUAUAUACAGACAUUGUUAUCAAAUGAACCUAGAUGGCUACUCUUCUCCAAUGGCACGGAUUCAACCGCACUGGAAGAAACAAUGGGGACCAGGGUAUUAAUUCCAUUUCCAUUUGGAUUAGUGGAGCUGUUUGUUGCUAAACAUGCGUCUGAAGAUCAGCAUGUCAUAGAUUUUGUUACAACCCAAUGCAGCAUUUCGAUUGAGCAGGGAGCCAUUAUUAAUUCAAGCAAUAUGGAUACAAGUUUCUCUGUUGAUGUAAAUGCAACCAACGAAAUCCAAUCAAAGCCAUUUGUAGCAGAUCAGAAUGUUGUAAUAGAGGAUCCUGAAAAUCAAUUUGAGGCACCAGGUUCAACCGCACCAACAUUAGAAAAUGCCAACGUGGGUUAUGAAAUCUCAUUAGACAGAAUCCGCCUCUGUAGUUCUCCUAUGAACUUCUUGCAACAGUUCAAUUAUAGCUCAGAAAACAGAAACAAGAACGAAAUCUUCCAUGAAUGUUCACAGGAUGCAUUCCAUACUGAUAAGCAGGGAAACCCUUACAAGUUUUCAGCAGAAAAUGAGUUCCAAGAGGUGGAUAUAAUGCAAGGGUCCUUAAUGAACAACACAUCAAACAUUCAUAUGCAGUUCAAGGAGAACACUGAAUGUAAGGAGCAGCAAGGGGAAGAAAAGGACUUAGUCAAAAAUGAAAAUGGAAGGUCUGAUUCAGUCUCUGAUUGCAGCGAUCAGAUCGACGAUGAAGAUGAUGCGGUUGCGAAGUACCGCCGGAGGACUGGGCAGGGUCCUCAAUCAAAGAACCUUGUUGCUGAGAGGAAGAGAAGAAAGAAACUUAAUGAGCGGCUGUAUAACCUGCGAGCAUUGGUUCCCAAAAUUUCUAAGAUGGACAAAGCCUCAAUACUUGGUGAUGCAAUUGAUUUUGUGAAGGAGUUGCAAAAGCAAGUCAAGGAACUCCAAGAUGAACUGGAAGAACAUUCAGAUGAUGAAAAUGGUAAGAUUGUAGGUACAGGAAACGAUGGAAACAAAACUAGUGUCCAGCUACCUGAGUUUUUGAGCCAAAAUGAUAAAGCUCAAAACAGUUACCAUAUAGGAGUUCUAGGAAGUGGAAGCCUUUUGAAGCAAAAUCAUCAGGACACUGAAGGUACUAACAAUGACAAGACACAACAGAUGGAGCCGCAAGUGGAAGUGGCUCAGAUUGACGGGAACGAGUUCUUCGUGAAGGUUUUUUGUGAGAACAAGCGAGGUGGGUUUAUGAGGCUAAUGGAGGCCUUAAACGCUCUUGGCUUGGAAGUCACAAAUGCAAAUGUGACCAGCUAUAGAGGCCUCGUAUCUAAUGUUUUCAAAGUUGGGAAAAAGGACAGUGAAUUGGUUCAAGCGGAUGAUGUAAGGGACUCCCUAUUGGAGAUAACAAAGUACCCAUGCAGAGGGUGGUCUGAAAUGGUUAAGCAACCAGAGUGCAGUGUAAGCCGCAUGGACUACCAGACCCACCCCCAUACCCACCAGCACCAGCACCAGCACCAGAUCCAGAUCCAGCAUCCAUUUCUAGACAAAGCUAUCAAUUCACGCCUCCACCUCCUUGAUGAUUAAUUAACAAAUCUUCUUCCCAGCCAAGGCACUAAUUUCAGACUAUAUCUAUUUGUUUUCAUUUCUAGUUUAUAGUACACACACCACAAUAAAAAAAAAAAAAA